UACUGCCCGAGUCCGGGCGGGGUCUCUGUUCUCUGGCAGAGGCGGUCCCUUGGCAGCGGGAAGCUCCCUCUCUUUCUCUCGCCGCCGCUCCGAGUCUGCGCCCUGGUGCCAGGCGCCCAGCUCGGCGCUCCCCUGUGCUCGCCCGGCGCCCACUCAUUCGCAGCCCAGCCUUCGCCGCCGCCGCCGCCGCCUCCCUGCUCCUCCUCCUUUCCCCCAAGCCCGCCGCGGCCAUGGCGGACAGCGCCAGCGAGAGCGACACGGACGGGGCGGGGGGCAACAGCAGCAGCUCGGCCGCCAUGCAGUCGUCCUGCUCGUCGACCUCGGGCGGCGGCGGCGGCCCCGGGGGAGGCGGCGGCGGUGGGAAGUCGGGGGGCAUUGUCAUCUCGCCGUUCCGCCUGGAGGAGCUCACCAACCGCCUGGCCUCGCUGCAGCAGGAGAACAAGGUGCUGAAGAUCGAGCUGGAGACCUACAAACUCAAGUGCAAAGCGCUGCAGGAGGAGAACCGCGACCUGCGCAAAGCCAGCGUGACCAUCCAAGCCAGGGCUGAGCAAGAGGAAGAAUUCAUCAGUAACACGUUAUUCAAGAAAAUCCAGGCUUUGCAGAAGGAGAAAGAGACGCUGGCUGUCAAUUACGAAAAGGAGGAAGAGUUUCUCACUAAUGAGCUCUCCAGAAAAUUGAUGCAGUUGCAGCAUGAGAAAGCUGAACUGGAGCAGCAUCUUGAGCAGGAGCAAGAAUUCCAGGUCAACAAACUGAUGAAGAAGAUUAAAAAACUGGAGAAUGAUACCAUUUCCAAGCAGCUGACGUUAGAGCAGUUGAGACGGGAGAAGAUUGACCUUGAAAAUACCUUGGAACAAGAGCAGGAAGCACUGGUUAAUCGUCUCUGGAAAAGGAUGGAUAAACUUGAAGCUGAAAAGCGAAUCCUGCAGGAGAAACUAGACCAGCCCGUCUCUGCUCCCCCAUCGCCUAGAGAUAUCUCCAUGGAAAUUGAUUCUCCGGAAAACAUGAUGCGCCAUAUCAGGUUUUUAAAGAACGAAGUGGAGCGGCUCAAGAAGCAGCUGAGAGCUGCCCAGUUACAGCAUUCAGAGAAGAUGGCGCAGUAUCUGGAGGAGGAACGCCACAUGAGGGAAGAAAAUUUGAGGCUGCAGAGGAAGCUGCAGAGGGAAAUGGAGCGAAGAGAGGCUCUGUGUCGACAGCUGUCUGAGAGUGAGUCCAGCCUGGAGAUGGACGAUGAAAGGUAUUUUAACGAGAUGUCUGCGCAAGGAUUAAGACCUCGCACUGUGUCCAGCCCAAUCCCUUACACUCCUUCUCCGAGUUCAAGCAGGCCUAUAUCACCUGGUCUGUCAUACGCAAGUCACACAGUUGGCUUCACCCCUCCAACUUCACUAACGAGAGCUGGAAUGUCUUACUACAAUUCCCCGGGGCUUCACGUGCAGCACAUGGGAACAUCCCAUGGUAUCACAAGGCCUUCACCGAGGAGAAGCAACAGUCCUGACAAAUUCAAACGGCCCACGCCGCCUCCGUCUCCCAACACACAGACCCCAGUCCAGCCGCCUCCACCCCCACCACCGCCCCCCAUGCAGCCCUCGGUCCCCUCAGCAGGCAGCUCGCAGCCCACCCCUUCGCAACAUUCGGUGCACCCCUCCUCCCAGCCUUAAUGCAUGUGCUUAGUCUGAAUUCCAAGUUGGGACUCGUCCAAUGGAGCCGUCUACUCCACGCCAAAGGCUUCCUUCCCUGGCAUAUUUGGAUCUGACUUCUUUGCACUGAGGUUAUCUAGGCUUCACUAUCCAUUGUGCUGUAAGUGUCGGUCGGAAACGCAGCCAGUGUUGUGGGUCUACAACACUAACCAGACGACUUUUCCCAUCAGUGUUUUACUUGAAUCUACGUGUUCGUCCAUUCCCUGGCUGGAACAUUUGCUAUUCGGUAUUUGGUAAUUCAGCAGCAGUGUGCAAUUUUGGCUUGGCCCCAGAGCUUCAUUCUCCUGGCUUUUAGGUUUGUAAAAUAAUAAUAAUAAAAAAGGGAUAUCUUUUUUAUAAUUUUUUUCCAUGAAUUUGCAGGAAAUUACUGAGCUGUUACUAUUCCCCCCGUCCCCCGUCAUAACGGUGUUGAUCAAACAAAACCAAUACUUCAGCACUACAGUCAGACUUUUGAAAAUCUAGCUUUCAGUGGAGAGUGGAAAGUUAGAUGAAUCAGUGCCCAAAAGCUAUCUAUAUACUGUUUAAUAGAGCUUUCUACAGAUACACUUUUUACAGGUUAUUUUCAGUAUAAAUCAACAUCCUCAUGUCUUGUAAAACAGGUAGCCUAAAGUGAUGACUGUGACCAUUCAUGAGAUGGGUAAUUACUGUAUUUUAAGGUGUGGCUCUUUUCUUUAUCAUCAAUGUUAAUCUACCUGAACCAACUCCCUCUAACAUGAGUCGAUAAAUGUUGUCUCACCCACCAGUAGUUUUGAUGGCUGAUUAGAAUGUGCUCUUUGAUUUCUGCUGCAGAAGGCAAUGUGAUUGUAACAGAUACAGUGUGAUUUCCCCUUCCGUUCUUUGUUUUUUGUUUCCCUAAAAUAGUUUGAACAAAUAUUUUAAAGGUGCAAAAUACUAUUAGAAAAUACUAUUGGAAACGGACCUUGUAGGAGUAUUAUGGCAUGGUGGCCACCAAACACUGUAUUGCUUGGCAGAAAGGAAGUGUAGAGGAAAGUAGCACAUUAGCGUUGACGACUGCUUAUCUCACCCAGUAUGAGCAAGUGCAGUGUACAAAGAAGUAUAUUCUGAAUACAUUAUUUCCAUUCAUUUAGCACAAAUAAAUCAUUUGGUUUCACUUUGAGGUGGAACACUGUGAGUCACUCUUUUCUUAAUACUUGCAACAUCUUUAUUUUGGUUUGUCAGAGGUUACUGUUUUGUCUUUGGUAGUCAAGUGAUUUUUUUUUCACCACCUGUGUUUGCAUAUUUAUAUAUGCUGUGAAUGAAAAUAACUUACUCGAAUGUAUAGCUUAUGAUGAGAGUGUGUAUCUGUUGGUUAUAAUCAGAGAACUGAAAAUUAACAGUAAUUUCUAAGGGUUCAUGUUUUGUGACAACCAUCUCUAAUAGUUAACUGUGUGGAACACACUCCUAAGAAUAAGGAACCGUGACAUUGUAGAUAUUUAAUAUUGUACAGUAUUAGAAACCUCCGUUUUUGCCUUGACAUGCAUAUUUAAGAGUUAACAGAAGUGUUGGAUAAUAGUGUUUGACUAGCAUUUUAAGAACUUGAAUAUAAAAGCAACAAUAAGAUUUUUUUCACCUCUUUCUGCUUCUGUCCCCACACUGAGAAUGUCAUCCUUGCUCAGUUGGAAAGAAAUCAUAUAUCUGUAUAAAUUUGUUUUAAUAGGUAUGUAAUUGCCAUGAUCAUAGUACAGUUCGCAAACAGGGGGAAGAAGCUGGACUUGUGGUUUUUAAAGCCUGAGGUUUUUAAAAUGACCAGACCGGGCCAUGUCACCCCUAGGGAUUUCACCAACAGCUCGGUGACCCUCUUGGCAGGUACAUUGUCCCAGGGAAUUUUGAGACGAGGCACACAGAUCCAUGGUACAGUUCUCAGUUUUUAACAGGAGAAAUAUGGUAUAUGUUUACAAAACUCUUUUAUGAGAUUAUAGAUUGUGAUGCUGUUGGAUAGUGUCUUGCACUCAACUGAGAAAAUCUGCAGUAUGAUGACCUUCCAUUUGUUCCUAUCAAUUCAGUUACCUCCUAAAAGCACAAAAGUUAAAGCAUUGCUCUAGGGUGAAUGAAAUAGCAAUUGGAGGGAGCAAGCAGUUCUCGAUACAUGCCUUUCAGAAACAAAUGCUUAUAGUCAGACUUCCCGGAAAGGUACUCCUGAAGUCCCUGGCCUCACCAUUUCACUUUUGAAUAUAACCUGCAGCUCCUUUCAAACUGCACUUCUCCAUGUAAAUCAAGUUGUCUGACCCCAUGAUAUUCAAAACUGAUGCAAGAGACACUACUGUUUUGAACUUUUGCUGUUUCCUAUCAUUUCUAGGUGUUUACUGACCCCAUGUGGUGCCUGUGACGCUUUAGCAGCACCUGCUAGGACGAUCUGUUGGCCAAUUUAUAUCCACCAGGGACCCGUCAUACUCAAAUCCUGAGCUUUUGGGAGCUGGCCAUGCUAUCGGCAUUCUGUUGCCCACUUGCCCAGGCUAGUCCUGCAAUGAUGUGGGAAGGCCUUUGUAAAAUCAGUAGCCACCCUUCCCAAAGGCAGGAGCCAUGGCAACUACAUGUCCUGUCUUGCUGACAGAGACCCUUGGCUACCACUGUGCUGCUAAUAGGAUAAGGACUCCGUUGCCAGAUUACCAUGCCUUUCUACAAAACCAAAUUAACUUAGGUAAUACCUGAUGUCUCUGGGCUCUGAAUUGCUUUCAUCAAGCAUGCUGGCAUUCUAGACAACAGUCUAGAAAUUUGGCAGAUGGUGGAACUAUUUAAAAUUUGCUUUAGCUUACUCCUUUGUUGAUCAAAAGGAGUCUUCAUUUCUGAGCUCCUGAGACCCCAACAAGCAGCCAUGAAAUGAAUGAGUGAUCAGAAUGUGGCUUUGAUACCAAGUGCUGCUGUGCCUUUGGAGUUGGCUUCUAAGGAGUUUGACCAGAAAUCAUCAAUCUUGAGAAUGAAUGGUUCAGUUGUAGGAAAUAAAACAUCACCCUGUGUUAGGUAGAUAUGAGCUUCUGCACGGAGCCUUGCUUGAGGAGAAUACUUAACAGGGCAAGCAAAAGCAUAGUAGCUUGUGCUUUGAGAGCUCAGCGUUUUUAAUUGAGUACAUUGAGCUUCUGGCUAGAACUUGUCUUAUAGUAACCAACACUGAAAACUUUGUAGUGAUGACUACCAAAGAAAUAUGUAGUGAAACAACCUUUAUUUCCAAAUUGUUACAGAGCCAGCCAUUGACGCUGCUACAUGAGUUCCAUGCUCAAGAGCCAUUGUAAGAAAUUAAGGGAUUUUUAAGUUUAGGGUUUUCUUUUUCCUUUUUCAGUUUUUUUCUAACUUUUUUGAUAAGACAUUUGUUAGCAUGAAGUUCUAGGGAGCGUUGCUCAGCAGUUAUGAUUAACUGCCAAGCCCAGCUUGCCUCUUGCCAGGCAAUGGAAGGAACCCUGUGUUCAUGAUAGCAUGGGUACUGUGUGUGUGCACGUGUGCUGUGUGUGCAUUCAUGCCUUAACUCGGGUUACUGCUCAACUUUAGUCCUUGACUUGGUCUGCACUGUCAUCUAGAUUGUAUUGUACAUCUCGAUCUGAACUUUAUCCUGACAAAAACAAGGUUGCAGGCACAACAGUUUUAAGAGUGCAUUUCUCUAGAAGAGUAUCUGGUCAGAUUGACCCUGAGUCAGCUUUAAGCUUUAUGUGGAACUUAACCUGGAAAAGACUGUCAUAUGAAAAGAUUUCUUUGCGGAUGAGGAGAGCCAAGUGCUAGCAUGCCUUUUGCCUCUGCAUACCCAUGCACACUGUAUGUUGUCCAUGACAGGUUGUCUACAGCGUGACUAGGUUGGGGUUCUGGUAAUAGUGGCAAUCUUGACACUCUUGGUCAGAAUUUAGCGAGAUGUAAGACUUCAAUUAAUGUUUUAUUUACUUUAUGUUGAUUAGUCUUUGAUACAUGUGCUGAAUCAGAAACCUAAAUAAAGAUAAUUUUUUUAA